UGAGGAGGAACGAGGAAGUGGUUUUUAUCACCAUUUCUAGUGCGAUUAUUACUGCAUUCAGAUUUUUAAUAUGCGUGUUUCAUUUUUAGUGCUUUUAUAUAAUUACUUCAUUGUUUCCAGUGCUUUACAAUGCAUGAAUGAAAAUAAUGAUCCCGUGGAUUGGCUCAUUGUUUAUAAAUUACCAAAAUUAAAACACGAAAAUAAACUCAUUGAAGAUGGGGUUGGUUACGUCUAUCUGAGCUCAAAAAAUACACAAUGGACCUUUUCAAAAAACUCAAUUAAUGAAACAAAUUCAAUAAUUGCAACCACCCUUCAACCGUUUUAUUCACGACUGAAUGAAACAACUUAUGUUCUUUAUAAUGAUCAACCCCCAAAUGGAGAGAGUAAUCCUUCAAAAGGUCACACGAAAGGGGUCAUUUUAACAAACUUCGAGUCCGGUUUUUGGCUUAUUCAUUCAGUUCCACAUUUUCCGACAUUAACACCUAGAUACCAAUUUUCAAAAAGUGGCACUCUUAAGGGGCAAAGUUUUUUGUGUAUUUCAAUGGAUUUAGAAAAUUUGAACAAAGUUGGAAUUCAGUUACAGUACAACCAACCACAAUUUUAUGCCAGUUUUGUGGCACCUAGUGUAAGGGAUAAAAUAACUGAGAUUGUAAAGGCUGCUUCCGGAAACACGAUUACGAAGCCCCCUUGGUACAGCAAAAUUGUUUUAAAUACUAGAGAAAAUGUUCAGUUUACAUCAUUUGCAAAGUCUAAAAAAUUUGGGAAAGAUUUGUAUGAAGAUUGGGUUGCUCCAGUUUUACAGUCUAGUUUGUUGGUAGAGACUUGGCUUAAUGGUGCUGGGAGAUUACCGUCCAAUUGUACAAAAAUGUUUAAAGUAUAUAACAUUGAAAAAGUAUCUCUAAAUGCUGCAAAUGCAUCAUUUAGUGACACUCAAGACCACUCAAAAUGGGCUGUGACUAAUGAUUCUGCGUGGAUUUGCAUUGGCGACAUAAACAGGAUGAAUCAUCAGAAGUUUCGAGGAGGAGGCACUGUGUGUCUCAACAACAAACCAUUGGCUGAAAAUUACAGGAAAUCAAUCGCUUCAAUAGAAAAAUGCACCCAUAAUCUUAACUACAUUUAAUAUCUAACAAAUAUUUACAAUAAACAUUUCACUGCGACGAUGGCUUGUAAUACACCUGAGUUGAAGGCUGUGGACAACGGUACUUCAGCAUUUCAACCUCUGCUUCAAAAUAGCUUGUUUUGUCAUAACAGAAGUAUUCUGGAUUUUUGUAUUGCGAAUUUUUCGCAGCUCCUGGCCCUACAGGUUGGUUAGGGAUCUCCACGACAUUUUUACUUAAUCCGGGCACGUUGCUUUUAAUGUUUGAACUAGGCAUUGCAUCCUUAUUGUAGAUUAUUUUUCCAGCAGUAAAACUUCGUUUAAGUGAGGAGAAAUUACGGGGUUUGCACAGCUGUCGCGAAAUCGCAGUUAAAGCCAUUUUUAGGUUAUAAAACUGACGUUUGGGUUUGACAGUUAUGUAAUUGAGUAAUUUUUGCCGAAAUAAAUCAAAUAAAAAUUA